CGCUGCUCCAUCGCGUCGUGGGGCUCCAAGCUGCUGGUUAGUUGAGUUCGAUCCGCGUUUCCGUCAAUCGCGGUCGCUGUCGGCGUUCGUGUGUUCUCUCUAGGGCGACCGAUGUGCCACUCUAGGCAGAAGGACGAGUUCAUCUGUAUCUGCGAAUCCAGCAUCUGCAGGUUGGUGGUGACCUUGCUGCCAGUCUUUCGGAGGUCCCCUCCGGCUCCGAAGGCACUGAAAGUUAUCUCUGUCUCUGGAAGAGAAGCACAAAUCAUCGCACGCCUUGUGACCUCCCGGCAAGAGAGAAGACAAAUAAGGCAAAUUGCCGCCGCUUGGUGCUCGGAGUGGCGCAUUACGUAAUGUGCCCGUGUUUGUCAGUGUGAACCGUCAGCCCCCUUGCAGUGGGUUGUGAAAAAUACUGUUUUUUUUUUCUUGUGCUGCGGUCAGCACGCGACCGACCGGUCAUCAACAACUGUGCCCACCAAGCAGAACACAAGCGUCCCCAGGCGUCCAUUGAAGGAACGAAACGCGCGUCACGACCCGUUUCGGAGCCCGCAGUAUGGAAUCGAAGAUACCAUCACACGACAUGAUGUUGCCCGAGGGGCACAGCGCCGACUUCGGGCAGCGGUUCAACGAACUGCGCAAAAACAAUCAUCUAGUCGAUUGUUCGUUCCGCGUGGACGACGCGAUCUUCCAUUGCCAUAAGCUGAUCCUGUCCGCGGCCAGCCCGGUGUUCGAAACGAUGUUCUAUGGCGCGCUGGCCGAGAAGCAGACGGUCCACAUCGCGGACAUCAAACAAAACGUGUUCGAGUGCAUGCUCGAGUACAUUUACGCCGGGUCCAUCGACUUUGAUGGUAUGACCAACAUAGAGGAGCUGCUGGAGUUGUACUACUGCGCGGAGAAGUACAUGAUCGACAGUUUGCACAAAAAGUGCGUAAACUACUUCGGUAAAAACAUUAAACCGAACAACGUGCUGAAAAUACUCGACAUAGCGUACCGGAUGAACCUGGACGAUAUUAUCUACUCGUGUAUGUGCGUUUUGCGGCAUUUUCUGUCGUCCGGCAUGAGCCUGAGCAACAUCAUCCUAGAAAGUAACCACCACCUGUCGAAGGACUGUGUCGAUCUGAUACUGGAAGAUAAUUACGAGGUGAAGGACAACAUUAUCUGUCUCGUGCGGGCCUGGUGUAUCACCGAGUGCGAGCAGAACCGGCUCGAAAUCAGCCCGGACAGCAUGAAGACGGUGCUGCAGGAUAUCGAGCUGCCCGACACGCUCAAGGACACGAUCGUGGGUUGUAGUUUUACAAACUUCACACCGAUCGCCGGUGACAAAUCCGGUUGGAUACCGGUGCAGCGUAUACACUACAAGGCGGUGCGGCCACUGAUAAUUGGGGACGAAAUGGAGUUCGAAGCAAGCGUCAGCAGCAAUCGGUUCAUCGUGCUCAAAUCGCUCAGCAUAAACAGCCGCUUGUUGCCGCAACUGACCCUCAGUGACGUGCGGCAGGAAACGUACACGGAAAAGCUUAGCGUAGAAAUUUCCACCAAGUGUAGCAAAACCCGACAGACCAUCUACCAGAAGGAGCAUGUAAUCUGUGAUGUAGCUUUUAACGGUAGCCUCCAGGUGAGCCUGACGGCGCAGAUCGUCCUCUUUCCCGACGUUGUCUAUCUAGUGCGCCUUCGGUGGGAUGCGGCCAGCCUCGGGUAUGAGUAUCCACGCAGUAUACUGUCCGCGUACGGAAAGUGUAAGCAGUUGCUGGUGAAUUUCAACGAAAACGUUUGUUUCCAGUCUAGCGGUAGCAUUCUAAAUGGGAUCGUUUGUGAUCUUUACAAGUGAAUCUGGCGGCACUGUGGGUCGGCUUUGCUCCUGAUUGAACUAUCCCCUGGAAUAACUUGGAAUAAAGUCUUCAA